ACUUAUACAGAUCUAAGAGAUAAAGGUUCAAGUAUAUGCUAUUGAUUAAUUUUUGGAAACAAAGGAACUAAUAGAAAAAUAUCUGAUAAAGUUUAAGAUUUUUAAUCCCCGGUGAGGUCAACUAACUGGAAAGAUAAAUAAAAACGUCGCACAUCGUCUAUCUUCUUUCAAAUAAUCGUAGAUAUAUAAACAGGUGAGUGACUAACUAUAAACCUAGUAAUCACCUUGUAUCCAAUAUGUUAAACUUGGACUAAAAUAUUAAUUUCGAUAAACUGGUUUUAAAAUGGCUACUGGGCUAAAAAAGGUUGGCGAAAUUAAACUGUAUAUACAGGAUGUCGAGUAUACCGUUAAAACCGAUGAAGUCACCCCUAAUACGUCCCUCAAUUCGUACAUUCGUGACACUCUGCAAUUGACUGGGACCAAGUCCUUAUGCUAUGAAGGGGGUUGUGGGUCUUGCGUCGUUGUGCUGUACAAUGUGGACCCCACGACGGAAAAAGACAUCUACCUGGCGGUGAAUUCGUGUUUGGUUCCGCUUUUAUCGUGUAAUGGCUGGCGAAUUUACACAAUCGAAGGAAUCGGAAAUCCUUUAAGCGGUUAUCACCCAAUUCAAGAAGUUCUGGCGAAAUAUAAUGGCACGCAAUGCGGUUUUUGUUCGCCUGGAAUGGUGAUGAACAUGUAUGCGUUGUACGAAUCGGGGAAACUAACAAUGGAAGAAGUUGAAAAUUCAUUUGGUGGCAACAUAUGUCGGUGUACCGGUUAUAGACCAAUACUUUCCGCUUUUAAAUCGCUUUGCACAGAUGCUAGUUCGGAAAUACUUGGCAAAUAUCCUGAUAUAGAAGACUUAAGACUGUGUAAGGAUGAUAAAUGUGGAAAGAAACGUAUAACAAAAUGUGAUCGAGAGCCGUUUUGUUUGGAAUUUGCGGAAUCAAAAUGGAUUAAAGUUUACACUUUACAAGAUUUGCUCACUAUCAUGAACCAGUCGAAAGAUCUCACUUAUAAGCUAGUCGGGGGGAACACAGCCAAAGGAGUAUUUAAAUCAUAUGGGACCACUGUAUGUGUUUACAUCGACGUGAAUUCGGUCCCGGAACUGAAAGUUCAAGAAGUCAAAGACACGACUUUUGUCUUAGGCGCUGGUACUAGUCUUACAACAGCGAUGGAACUUUUCAACCAAGUUGGGGAUAAAAACUCGCAAUUCUCUUACUUAAAACAAUUAGCUAAUCAUAUUGACUUAGUCGCAAACGUCCCUGUGAGGAAUGUGGGAACGCUGGCCGGAAAUCUAAUGAUGAAACACGACAUUCACGAUUUCCCAUCCGAUGUUUUUCUCAUAUUGGAAACAAUCGGUGCCACGUUUACAGUUGUUGGAACUGAUGGAAAAGAAGUUGAGCUAACCCCUCAUGACUUUAUUAAUUACGAUAUGACGCUGAAAGUUUUAAAAACUAUCACUUUUCCCAGCUAUCCAGACACGGUUAAGUACGUUAGUUAUAAAAUCAUGCCGAGGGCCCAAAAUUCGCACGCGCAUGUAAAUGCCGGGUUUUUCUUCAAAUUCAGUACUGAUUCGAUACUUGAGUCUGCGACUAUCGUGUACGGAAACAUAAAUCCGACGUUUAUUCACGCAUCUGAGUCGGAAAAGCUUCUAGCAGGGAAAAACUUGUUCGAUAAUAACACUCUUCAGCAAGUUUUUGCAACCCUUUCCAAGGAAUUGAUCACCGAUGUUAUUCCACCGGACCCGACACCGGAAUUUAGGAAACAACUAGCAAUUGCACUUUUCUACAAAGCAGUAUUAACAGUUGCUCCGCCUGAUAAACUAUCCCCCAAAAAUGUAUCAGGAGGUCCUGUGCUCACAAGACCAGUUUCUUCAGGGACACAAGACUACGAAACCAAUGAGUCAUUGUAUCCACUCACCGAAGCCGUGCCAAAAUUGGAAGCACUUGCCCAAACUUCUGGCCAAGCGCAGUACAUCCACGAUAUGCCAGAAGUGCCUCAUCAGUUGCACGGCACUUUGAUCCUGGCUGAAGCGCCACCAAAUUCCACAAUAAAAACAAUUGACGCAAGCAAAGCUUUGGAAGUCGAAGGCAUUGUUGCGUUUUACAGCAAGAACGAUAUUCCCGGAGACAAUAAUUUCACCCCCACUGACAUAUUUCCAGCAAAGGAAGAAAUAUUUUGCAGCGGCCGUGUCCUGUAUUACGAACAACCGAUCGGAAUUUUGGUCGGAACUAACACCAGCGUUCUGAAAGAGGCCGCAAGUUUGGUUGAAGUGACGUACGAUCCCCCAACUGUGGGUCCUCUCCUGUCAGUUCGUCAGGUUCUGGCAGCUGGUCGAACUGACCGCAUCCAAGAAAUCAAAACAAUAACACCAACACGAAAAGGCGACGAUGUCACACACGUGGUGACUGGGUCAUUCGAUAUCUACCACCAGUACCACUUCCACAUGGAGACGCAAUGCUGCAACGUGAUACCCAACGAGAAUGGGUUGGACGUUUACCCGUCGUCCCAGUGGAUGGACCAGAUUCAGUCAGCCAUCGCCCGCAUGCUCCAAAUCCAGAACAACAAAAUUAACGUAACAGUUCGGAGACUCGGCGGCGCCUUUGGUGCCAAAAUCAGCAGAAACGGCUUAGUGUCCUGUGCGGCCGCCUUGGCUGCGUGGAAACUGAGACAGCCGGUGAAAUUGUCCCUCUCGCUGCAGGAAAACAUGGUGGCAAUUGGGAAAAGGUGGCCGCUUUCUACCGACUACGAAGUGGGAGUCAACGACCAAGGAGUCAUCCAGUAUUUGACUUGCACCCACUACUCCGAUUUAGGAGCCAUGGUUAACGAAAUCGGAGCCGAAGAGUUACUCAACCUGUUCACGGCUAAUUACGUUAAUGACACUUUUGCCAUACACAUGGACGUCGUCGUGACAGACACGCACACGAACACGUGGGCUCGAGCUCCAGGCUCGACCGAAGGCUUGGCCUCCAUUGAAUCGAUAAUGGAGCAUGUGGCUUACGAAAUCGGAGUGGAUCCUCUCGAUUUGCGGAUCGCAAAUUUUCCGAAAGACUCCCAGCUUUUGAAAUACGUCAACGACCUAAAAACCUGGGCUGAUAUAGAGAAAAGGAAGCAGGAAAUUGCGACUUUCAACCAGGAAAAUCGGUGGAAAAAGAAAGGUUUAUCCGUGGUACCAAUGGCGUAUUUUUUGGACGUUGGAGGCCCGUUUUCUGUGAUGGUUUCAAUUUUCCACGGCGAUGGUACUGUGCAAAUUUCCCACGGUGGGAUUGAAGUCGGGCAAGGGAUCAACACCAAGGCGGCACAAGUGUGUGCUUACAAACUUGGGAUUCCGUUAGAAAAAGUUGCGGUUUUGCCUAGCAAUAGUUUUAUUGCGCCAAAUAACACGACAACUGGCGGUAGUGUCACUUCAGAGGCCGUUUGCUACGGCGUGAUUCAAGCUUGCGAUCAGUUAUUAAUUCGGAUCCAACCGUAUCAAGACGAAAAUCCUAACGGGACUUGGGAGGACUGGAUUAAGGCUUGUUUUAAUGAUUAUGUCAAUUUAUCGGCAAUUGGAUUGUUUUCGCCUAACGAGCCAAAUGUGAAUACGUAUCUAAUUUAUGGAGUUUGUGCGACUGAAGUACUUGUCGAUGUUUUAACCGGACAACAUAUAAUUUCAAGAGUCGAUUUAAUUGAAGAUACGGGACAAUCAAUGAGUCCUGCUAUUGACAUAGGUCAAGUCGAGGGUGCUUUCGUGAUGGGAAUGGGUUAUUAUACGACCGAAAAAAUUGUUUACAAUUACGAGGGCAAGAUUUUAACCAAUAACACUUGGACUUAUUAUCCGCCAGGACCGAAAGAUAUUCCGGUCGAUUUUCGCGUAAAAUUCCCGAAGGAUAAUCCGAAUCCUGUGGGUGUAUUGAAGUCGAAAGCGACUGCGGAACCUCCUUUGUGUAUGACGAUAUCGGUUCCAUUGGCAAUUCGAAAUGCCGUAGCUUCGGCCAGAUUGGAUUCGGGGAAAGCUACUUCAAAAUGGUUUCCUUUUGACGGGACUACGAAUGUGGAGAACGUUUUUAUGAACAGCAAGAAUGAUUACGCGCAAUAUAUUUUGUGAAGAUUUUAUUGGUUAUGCAAAUUUCGAAAGAUUCGAAAGUAUUAAACCUCCCAACAUCUUCAUCCGAUCGCACCCUGACAUCGGGCAUUUUCCGUAUUCUCUCAACUUGACUUCCAUCAAUAUUCAAUUCGAGACAACAUCUUUCCAUUAGGGUUCUAUAAGACAAGUUGUGAGAAUCCAUUUCUAUUUCGAUGUAGUCCGCAUCGGCACCGGCAAUCCGAAUUUUGAAAACAUGUUUACCUAAUGAAAGAGCUGGUCAAGCGAG